GACUGACAAAAAAAAAAAAGGAAAAAAAAAGAAAAAAAAAUCAGAAUUGGCCUAUCGGAAACCUCAGCAGAGAAAUACACCCUUUUGUAAAGAAGAUUAAAAAGACUGGGGAUAAAAAUCACAGCGGCUGAGGUUUGAUGCAGCCAGCGCGGGGUGCUGUGUGCGGAUCAGAGAGGCGCUUGCAGUCGGAUCUGUGCACACGUUCAGAGGAGAUACCGGGUGAAGAAGAAGGAAAAGGGGAGGGAAAGGACAAUGCUACAGCCCGUGUCUUUGAAAAAUUAGUCUUCAGUCAUGGUGAUGCCGCAUAGAUUUCAUAAUCAUCGCCGGCCGUCUUUCUAUCACUGACAUUGCUUUUUUGUGAUUCAGCGCUCUGGCACGGACUCUCUGCGCCGGCAUUUCACCCUCAGCAGCGUCUAUUUCAGGGAUACUGUAGAUUAUAUUAAUACACUGACCAGCUUUGGAUGCAGGCCGCUCUGACAGGCUACACCGAUUUUCUUCUUUUUUACAAGCAGGUUGAUUAUUUCUGCAGCUGGGCCACCCUGUUGCCCUGCGCUGGAUUUUUGGAUGCUUCUCUGGAUGUGUGACCGUUUAACGCUUUAUUUGGCCGCCGCAUGAAUUCUCCCACCGGAUCCUCGUCCGUGUACGCUGCUGUCCUCCACCACCACCACCUCCUCCUCUUCUCCCUCCUCUGGCCGAUUCUCACAGAGGGCACUACCCUCCUCCUCCACCUCCUCUUCCCUGCCGCUAAAGACAUUUUGAUCGUCCUCCCCGGUUCCCCCCACCCGGACUCGACCAUCACUCCUCCGCCUGCCUCCUCCUCCUCCACCACCACCGCCUCCUCCUCCUCCGUAACAUGUCGGGACAGUCUUUGACCGACCGGAUCGCCGCCGCACAGCACAGCAUGACCGGGUCUGCCAUCAGCAAAGCCGUCUGCAAGGCCACGACGCACGAAGUCAGCGGACCCAAGAAGAAACACCUUGACUACCUGAUCCACUGCACCAAUGAGCUGAACGUCAGCAUCCCCCACCUGGCAGACACACUGCUGGAGCGCACAACUAGCAACAGCUGGAUUGUGGUUUUUAAAGCGCUCAUCACCACACACCACCUCAUGAUGUACGGCAAUGAGAGAUUGAUGCAGUACCUUGCCUCCAGGAAUACACUCUUCAACCUCAACAACUUUCUAGAUAAGGCUGCACUACAAGGGUAUAACAUGUCAACCUUCAUCAGACGCUACAGCCGCUACCUGAAUGAAAAAGCCAUGUCUUACAGACUAGCAGCGGUGGACUUCACAAAAAUGAAGAGAGGGGCUGAUGGUGUGAUGCGCACCAUGAACACAGAGAAGCUGAUUAAGACUUUGCCCAUCAUUCAGAACCAGCUGGAUGCACUGCUGGAUUUCCAGCCAAACUCCAACGAGCUGACGAACGGAGUGAUCAACACAGCCUUCAUGUUGCUGUUUAAAGACUCCAUACGGUUGUUUGCCGCUUAUAACGAAGGCGUCAUCAACAUGUUGGAGAAAUACUUUGACAUGAAGAAGAACCAGUGCAAAGAAGCUUUGGAGAUCUACAAGACCUUCCUCAACAGGAUGACCAAACUGUCCGAGUUUCUCAAAGUGGCGGAGCGAGUUGGGAUAGAUCAGGGCGACAGCCCCGAUCUCACACAGGCUCCCAGCUCUCUCCUGGAGGCUCUGGAGCAGCAUCUAGCUUCUCUGGAAGGCAGGAAGCUCAAGGACCUCUCCACCGCCAGCAGAUCCAGCACCUUGUCCAGUGCAGUGUCAUCUCUCUCCAGCACGGGGAUCUCUCUCAGCCGUAUGGAAGACAAGACGGAGGACAACCGACUGCAGCAACACAAGGAGGACGGUCACAAAGUGAUCGACAUUCAGACACCUAACGUGUCACCCAGCACCCAAUCAGUGGGCAGUGCCAACAGCAGCGGAGGGGCCACAGAUCUCUUCUCUAACUCACCUAUUGUACCCGUCAACAACCAUGUGCCAAACCUGACUAGUGAGCUGUUCACCCUGCAGCCUAACUUCACCCCCAUCCAGACCACACACACUGUGCCCAACAACAACAACGCCUGGGGAGGUGACUUGCUAAAGCCAUCCCCACCCACUCAAAUUCACAGUCCUGGAGCCCCGUUGCACUCUGGGAAGAUGCUGCCCAAUGAUUUGGACUCAUCCUUAGCCAACCUUGUUGGCAACCUGCAGUUUGGGGGGACGCCAGCUAAAAAGCCAGAGCUCCAGUGGAGUCAGCUGGUAGAGAAGAAGCCGACGGGUGGUAGUGGCUGGCAAUCGAAGACCAUGUGCACCAGCACCAACUGGACUCACACCACCCAUCCCAUGGCACCUGCACCCAUGCCCGUUCCUCAAAUGAAUGGGAUGAUCUAUACUGGCUAUGCUCCAGCACCAGUGGCUUUUCCUAUGACGACACCCCAAGUGCCUGUGUAUGGAAUGCUCCCUCCUCAGAUGAAUCAUCAGAUGGGGGGCGUUCCCAUGAUGCCCCCACAGCAUGUCAUGUAUAACCAGCCUGUCCUGAGACCCACCAAUCCUUUUGGACCCAUCCCAGGAACACAGAUGCACUUCAUGUAGGGGAUGAUGUUGUAACCAUGGCAGCAAAGCUGGGAGAGAGAAGGCGAGAGGAAAGAGACAGAGAGAAAGAGUCGGCAGCGAACGCAAAUCCAGAACCAAAAUCCAGCGCAGGGGAAAGAAAGAAGAGGGCAGAGAGGAAGAAAAAGGGGGAGGGGAGGGGAGAGGACGAAGGAGAGAGGAGGACCAGAGGAUGGAUAGAAGAUGAAACGCUGAUGUCAGUUUCCAUGUCACCUGACCCUCUAAUCUCCUCUCCUCUCUCCGUGUGGCUACUGAUCUCUCUGUCUUUGAAUCUAUAGUGCUGGGGCACCAGAGGCUCUGCAUUAGUCCCAUUCAUCCUCUGCUUGAUUUGCCAGUUCAAAUGGCAAUUACGACCUGUGAUGACACUAUGAGGACUGACAGCUCGUUGGAAGUGCAGAAGCUCUUUUGCCAUUUCCCCCCCGCCCCUCACCCCAUCAUACUGAUAAUUUCCUGUAUAAAGGCUUACCCGCAUCUCUCUCCAUCCCUCAGCUGAAUCAAACUUGGAGGACACGUGUCUCUUUCUCUGAUUGGAUCGUUUGCUGGCACUUUACUCUAUGUGACCUUUGCCAAGGGUGUAUUUCUGUGUAGGUGAUUUUUAGCAUCUUGUUCCGAUUGGUUCCCGGUAACGUGUCAUCCAUCCAUCACCCGAUGUCAGAAGUUAUUGAUUUGAAUGCGUGCGUGUGUGUUCGUGUGUCUGCGCGUGCGAGCGUGUGUUCCUUUUUCUACAUUUCAGCGUGCUGCAUCCACGCAUCCAUUUGAGUCUUUUUAUGAGCUCCAUUUGUUCUUAAUUGCCAAUUUCACAGAGAGAAUCGGGCGUAAAACAAUUGGCACGCUUGUGUGAUUGUGGAUGGACGUGGAGCUGUGUAGGGUGUGCUACAGCGUGUGUUUCUCUUUUGGUACCUGAUGUCAUUAAUGUGUUGCCAGGUACCAACAUGUUACUGCACUGGAAUUAACUGAUGAAAGCACUGAGCCAGACCCAGGCAUCACAUUUGGAUGUAAACAAACCUCCGCUACUUGGGGACGUGAUGUACACACUGUGUUUCGUUUCGUUUUUUGGGGGGUUUUGCCCUCUUCUACAGGCGUGCAAUAUCAUGCAAUCUCAUUAUACACCCAUUUGUAGCCCGGUUAGAAGCCUUUUUCUGCUGUAGUGUCAGAGUUCCUGUAUGUCCACAUGAGAUUUCUGUACAGAAUACUGUGGAUUUUUUUCUCGUUUUCUAAGCUGUUCUGUUAACAACUGAACUGCUCUAAAAGUUGUGAAAAAUGCACUGAGAGCCACACAGGAGGUGAGUUGACAUUAGGUGAAUUUCAAUCUAGCAAUCAGUAACGGUCAAGCUCCCAGCUGUAUGAUAUCCUCCCUGUCCUGAGCAUUUGUCCUGUCCAAAAUUAUCUCCUGUCAAGUCCUUAUCACCCCCACCCUACCCACCCCAAAAAAUAAUAAAAUUAAGAAAAAAAUGGAUGAGGGUAGAAGUCUCACCUCCACUGGGAGGAUUUAAAGAGAGACACUGAAAGCGAGUUAUUAAUGUAGAGUGGAACGUUUAUGGACAGGACAGCUAAAGGUCAGUCUGGAGCGUCAAGUGAACGACAGCAGUGGAAAGCAGCUGAGGGUAAUGUCUGUCGAUCACGGCCCGAGCAAAGCCCGCAGCGACGGCGCGCAGAUUAAUUCGGACAGCCAGAGACAGGGAGGCUCUAAUGAGACAUUAAAUGUUAAUGUGGAUUUUCUACGAGAUCCAAGGUCGAGUUAGACUCACAGUUAGAUGAUAUAUAUAAAAAUAUAUAUAGCACAAACCUUCAAAGAGGGGACAAUGCUCUGCUGCACAAAAACCUAAAAUCAUUGCUGGGAUGUACAGUCGAAAGGGGCAAUAAUCAAUUGGGUAUGAAGUCGUUUUUUUUAUUGGUUGUGUCCGUUCUAUGUACAUGUACUGUAUGUGUGUUUGUGUUCACAUGCCUUCCCAUAGAGAUAAACAGGGUCAUGUUCCUCGGUUAGAGGUUACACAUCUCUAUCGAGCUGGUAGCUUGUACUAACUUAGCAAUGAGUGUUAUUGUGACCGUGUCUGUACAACAUCACAUCAUUUUAAGGUGGCUCUAGGUUCACUCAUCUGCUGCAAAACGCAAAAAACGGGGGGGAAAAGAAACCCCCGAGUCAUCAGAUGUGGAAUCUGUCAAAGUGAGUCUGAAGCAAACUUCUCCAAAGAGCUGGAAGUGCACAGGCUGGUGAUUUCUAACAACAACAACAAAAAAAGAAUCGCAACUGUAACUGCUGGCUAUGUAAAAACCAGUCUCACUGCAGCUACAACUCUACUACCAGCAGAGAGAGAUUUGUGCUAGGAAUCACCGGGCAGGCAGAUGUUCUCUUCGAGGUUUCACUUUUGAAUGAACAUAAAUGUAAGAGGUCAGCUGAGAUUUGGGUAUUUCCUUCGGGAAAAUGUCGCGCCAUUACUCCUCGUUGCAGUUAUUUGUCGUUCUCCGUCAGAUGAAUGAGCUUUUCAUUGUGCACUUCACUCCCACCAACAGAGCUCGAUCCAUCCUGGGCCAACCUCUGACUGUUACUGUGUCCUCUGUAUAUAGGUAAUGCUGUUCAUGUGUUUUUAGACGUGCUCUCUCUCUCUCUGUAAAGUGAUCGAAGCCCCAUUGGAUGACGUACUGUACGUGGGACAAUUUAUUGCUGUAUCUGUGUUUGAAUGGUUGUACUUUGAAGGUGUCAUCAUCCAGGGAUGGGCGGGGUGGGUUAGGGUUGAUGUUUGUGAUGUUUGUGUCCAUCUCGAGGAGUAAGGGUGGGGUCGGGAGGGCUGGGGUUUAUGGGGGUAAACUAUCACAACUGGUCUAUACCAAGAGUGUCUUCAUCAAGGAAGUGGACAGGACAGGGUCUGUCCUCUUCAAAACAGGAACAUUUUUUGCACCAAAGUCAUCAUCAAAGCGCAGCUUCUUCUUAUUCAAAGUCACUACGGAUGGAUGAUAUCAGAACUCAAAGGAAUUUUUUUUGUUCUUUUAUUUUUAGAGACAAAGAAACUGUCUUUUUUUUGCAUGAUUAAGUGUCGUCUUUUUAUUGGCUUGUGUGCCCGGUAAAAGCAUGACCAUUGUGUGAACUCUCACUUACCGGUGUGUUUGGAAAACGUUAAGGAAAUUUCUCCAUGAGAUUUUUUACUUACCUCUUGACAUGAACACUCAUUGACAUUCAUAAAUCAACUGUUUUACAAUGUAGGGGUCCGUAACUGUUUGAAGGCUGCCUCGCAUGCAGAAAUGCAACUUGCAAGUAACCCAUCAAACUUCAAACACAGUUACCAUAUCUGCAUCUCUGUAAAACAUCAUGGAUGUCAAUGUCGAUUAUCACCUAGCUAGCUAGACAUUGCAGUCUUGUAAAAUCGCUCUUUAUUAAAGCGUUGCUAUUUUCAAUACGUGUGUUUGAAUGCUUGCUCCUUUUUCAUACUAUGCCAGCAGCAUCAUGAGAGGUCGUGAUUGAAAGUCCAAGUACUGUAAUACGUGUUUGGUCUGGUCCACAUCGUGUGGUGUUCUUUGUGUUUGCCCAGUCUUGUCCUGUCUGUUGUCAUAAACUAGACUUAUCAGUUCUUAGUCACACCCUAAAGCACAGACCGGUUUCCUCUUAAGCCAGUCUUAAGUCCAUGAGAUGCUUCAAGUGUGUUUUGAACAAUUUUGGAAAACUAGGACCAGAAAUGUACAGAUGUGGGGGUUGGGAUUUGAGAUCAAUGGCAUCAUUUUCAGCCCAACUGUGUUAGUGCAGAUAGGUAAAUUAAGAAUCUGUAGCAUUACCCACAUCUCUUGGUCAUGUCUCUUUUUUCCCCUUCUAAGAAUAGUUUAUUAAUAUUAUAUUCUUCCUCACAUUCCCUCUACCUCGCUAUGGUAGAUUAAGGGACACAGCAUGAAGCCUUUGAGGCAAACUAAUUGUAGUAUUUUAUCUGUGGUGGGACUUUCUGAAGCCCAAUGAAAUAAGGUUUGAAAGGCAAGGUUUUAGGAGAAAAUUAUUUGCUGUGACAUCUUACCUUUCCAUACAAUACAAUAAAAAGAAGAACCUCCACUUUCAGUGUACACAUUUACCUACACUCUAAUGGUGCACAUUGGAUUUGGAAGGUUAACACAAUGUUUCAAAAGUGGAUGCUUAUAUUAAACAUGGGUUUCAUAAAAAUGAAGUGAGUGGCCAAGUCCCCCCACCUCUCUUAGAUUGGAAUAGUCACACAGACAAUAUUCAUGCAAUAAUUGCAAGAAAAUUCUUUUUUUUCUGAAACUGGAAUGUUUAUUGAACCUUCUGACAAUUUUUUAAAAAUCAAUUUGCAUUUGAGUUUGUAUAAUUUCUACUAUGUCCAUAAUUUCUGUCCAAUUUAUUGCGCCAUUUCAUUCAGCUUUUUCAGGGAAAAAAAACAAAACACACUUAUUCAGAAGUCACAAAAACCCAUGUAUCAAAUAGGCAUUAUAGGGUUAAUCUGGUCAUCGCAGGAACAGUAAGGACAGCCAAUCAGAAUAAGACAGCUUUAAAAGGAAAUGAGCUAAAAAGGUUUGUUGUAGACACAGGAUGGACUGAGAGGCUUUAACUGAACUGCGAAUUGUGCUAAGCUACCCUAGAAAAGAAUGAAUAUACAGAAAUGAAAAAUAAACACUAUGGGUCACCUUUAAAGAGUAUGUUUAACAAUGGGCAUUGCCCAGAAUGGAAAAUUCCCCAAUUAAAUUAUUUACUGACUGCACACUCAACACGAAACAAGUGUUUGUAUUCAUUAGUGAAGCUACUUCAUAAACUAAUCUGGCUGAUGGAGGCAUUUGUUACCAGAGUAGAAACUGCUGCAUAUCCAUACCAUUAUUCCAAUGAAUGGUGCAUGAUGUCUCUGCAGUUUCCCCUUCACUGUUCCACCUUUGCCCAUUUACGUACACAGGCCUACUCCUCGUGUUACCUCAGUAUAUUUGUGUAUACUGCUUUCACUACACCCAUGCAGUACUGUAGUGUCCAUUUGUAAACUUAAUUGCUGUUGAGGGCAUGAAACUCAGUGAGUAUCCAUGAAAAGGUCUUGUUUGCAGGUGGAAGUCCGAUACCUUCAACUACUUCUUUUGUAUAUUAAAAACGACUCAAUUAUCA